UGGCAGCAUCCUGCAGCAGGAGAAAGGCCAGGAGAAGCGCCCAGACCCGCAGCAUGAAGAACCCCAUGUACGAAGUGGCCUCCCUGCUGCUGGAGAAGCUGCUCCUCCUGGCCAACCUCAAGCUGUGCAGCGUGGGCCCGGGCGCGGUGGAGGAGGAGGAGGAGGAGAAACACGCCAGCUACCACGACAUCACCUACUUCAAGCGGGGCGACCUGCUGGAGGUGCCCCGCACCCUCUUCGUCCACUUCGGCAUCUACCUCGGGGACAACCGGGUGGCGCACCUGAUGCCGGACAUCCUGCCCGCCUUCACCGACGAGCAGCGGCAGAUCCAGCAGGUGGUGACCAACAAGAGGCUCAUCCUGGGCGUCCUGGCCAGAAUGGCCAGCAUCCGGGUGGACACGGUGGAGGACUUUGCCUACGGCGACUCCAUCCUGGUGAACCACAUGGACGAGGCCUUCCCGAACAAGGCGCUGUGCGGCGAGGAGGUGGCCCGGCGGGCGGAGAAGCUGGUGGGGGCCACGGCGUACAGCCUGCUGUGGAACAACUGCGAGCACUUCGUCACCUACUGCAGAUACGGCUCCGCGGUCAGCUUCCAGACCGACAAGUUCUGUGAAACAGUGAAGAUGAUUAUUCGGGACCAGAGAAGUGUUCUUGCUUCAGCGCUCCUGGGAUUAGCAUCUAUAGUCUGUCUGGGUUUGGCACCUUCCACCACCCUGCCCACUAUCAUUAUUCCGUUCUUUCUGUGGAUGGCUGGUUAACAGCAGCACCAGCGCCUGUCAGUGCCUGUACAUAGAAUGUAUAAUGUAUUUAUAAAAGCACAAAUUACUUAUCAACAGUUACGUAAAGAGAAAAAAUGUGACCUGUAACUUCUGUAAUAUUUUAAUCACACCUUUAUCCAGAAUACAAUGUACAAGGAGUAGCUUACUGUGUAAGCCAAAUAACCAGAUUUCCUGAAAAUCUCACAGAAGGUAAAUUUAACACCCCUUUCAAGCCAUGAAAGUGUGUGUGGGGGGGGGUGGGGCGGGGAGGGUGAUAAAGUUCUGCUCCCUGCUUUCAGUCAUAAAUUAAUCUAGUGAAUGUAUUUUAUCAGGUAUUUUUUUUCUCUCUUAACUCUGUGUAUCCAAGUGCCAUAUAAAAUAGUGAAGAUUAGAGUUUCAUCCUGAAAGUGGAUGAUAGAGGCCAUCUAAGUACCUAGGUAGAAGUGAUGGAAGAUGAAAACAAGCUAAUUUCACUUCCAUAUAUAUAUUUUUCAUUCAGGGAAGUUACUAGUUUUAAAUCAACUUGUAUUAAGCCUAGAAAUAUCUUUUAGUGAGGAAUAAAAGCAGCCCCAGGAUUGUAUUCUGCGUUGGUAAAAACUCCUAGUUAAGUAUUGUUUCCCAUACUACUGAGUGUGGCCAGAUUGGUACUGCCCAUUCAGUUCCUUUCUGAGAGGUGUUCAUAAACCAUAUAUCCAUUUUAAUUGCACAAACACUUAUACCAUCCUGAAAAGUUUUUUGCCUGGGUUUGGUUGCAAGGAAAGCCUGCAGUUCCUCUGAAUUUUCCUUGCUAAUAAGUGUCAGUGUAGCCAAUGUAAUACACUACACGGGGUUUCAGAGGAUACGGAACAAAGCAAUUUGGUUGGUGAAAACUAGUAACGUGCAAACCAAUAAGAAUUUUCCUAUGUUCCAGGAAAGAGGCCUAUUUUCUCUUCCCUCAGUAAUGGGACCGGUGUGAGUGCCAUAAAGUAUCAUGAGUUUCUGUGGCAGAUAUUACAAUCAAGCUACUGUAAUUUAACAACUAGACAUACCACAUACCCCUUACAAACUAUACGUCUUUCAUAUACUGAAUGUGUGACUAUUUACCUACAAGCCAGCAACUUUUUGAAGAGCAUGUGAUAUAUGAUUCAAGGGCUUUUUUGAAAAUAUUACUUAUUCUUAACUCAGGCUGAUACUUUUUUAAUUUCAGACCUCUAAGGAUUCUUUCCUUCAAAAUCCAAACCUAUCUGUUCACUCAUUUUGAGUGACUAUUCUAUUUUUAUUAUUAUUUAUCUACAAUGUUUAUUGCUGUUUGUAAACAUGCCUUUUCUGUGUACUUAGGCAUUUAAGCAUUCUGCCUCUCCUUUUAAAUCUAAAGCAUGCAUCAUCUCCAAACCUUGUCUCUCAACAGUGAAAGCUCAAUAUACCACAGUCAAUUAAGGACAAUAUUAAAUAACAA